AAUCUUGAUAGAGAUAAUAGACUUUCAUGGCAAGACUCCGUGUCGGUGUGUGUCUUGUGGUGGCGGAGAGAGUAUACGUGAACCAGAAACGCAAGGGGGAAUACAAUACGCAUGUCACUUCCGCACGGAAACCCUAACCGAGCUAGAUGCGGAUUCCCCCUCCGACAGCCAUCUGUUCAGUCUUCAUUCGGCCCACGAUCAUACCUUGCUUCGCCCUAUCACUUCAGAUCAACGAUGAUCCUAGCUCAAAGACCAAUCGGUCUGCAAGCCGCCUAUCGAGUUCCCCGGAGGAAAACAUAACUGGCAGGCAUACCCCUCCCACGAGUGAGUAAAUCGGAAGAUAAAUACUGUAGAAAAGGAGUAAGAGACGAAUAUCGGCCUCUGCUAGACACAGUUGUACUACCAUGAAGUCGAAGGCAUUCUGGCCGAAAAAGCCAGAAACGUUUUACACUGCAUCUAAAUCUCUAGCCGAUGCAGCACCAUCCACCCACCGUGCCGUCUUCCAUGCCUCACCCGCACGGAAGAAAGCGCCUCUCGCGGACGUGCCCACGAAGGCUCUACUUCGCUCAUUGUUUCUGACGUCAGCGAUGGCGUCGCCUCUUCUGAAGCCGUCCAUAUCGGUGCUGAAAUAUGUCAUCGACUCCAAAUCGCCGUUUCUCAAUCCCUCCAAGAACCCCAUCAUGAACUACAUUCUCCGCACCACGAUCUACAACCAUUUCUGUGCCGGCGUCAACGAGAACGAAGUCCGUAACACGGUCCAGAAUAUGAAGUCUCUCGGCUUCAAGGGCGUGAUCCUCGGAUACGCCCGGGAAUCCGUCGCAAAGAUCGACGCCGCCGGUUCGCACGUGGAAGAAUGGAAGAAUGUACAGGCCAUUGCAGACCGUGCGGUGGACGAAUGGAAAGAGGGCAAUUUACGGACCCUGAAAAUGGUCGGAAAAGGAGACUAUAUCAACAUCAAAUUCACGGGCGCCGGCCCUGUCGCCGUGGAAGCACUCGCACGCGGUGACCCCGUCCCACCAGCACGUAUCAAGCAAGCUAUCACAGAGAUCUGCGAAGCGACUGCCGCCCAGGGUUCACGGUUCUGGAUUGAUGCUGAGCAACAGGUGUUCCAACGGGCGAUUGAUGCCUGGACGAUCGAACUUAUGAGACAGUUCAACCGUGAUGGCAAGGUAGUCGUGCUCAAUACCAUCCAGGCGUAUUUGAAAUCCUCCGCCGAGAACGUCCACCGCCAUCUUGCUCUAGCGGGGAAGGAGGGCUGGGCUCUGGGAAUCAAGCUGGUCCGGGGCGCUUACAUCGCACAUGAUUAUCGGGAUCGUAUUCAUGAUACCAAAGCGGACACGGAUCGGAACUACAACCACAUCGUGGAGAGUCUGCUUACGCACCAGUCUCCGUUCCGGAAUUUAGAGACGAAGUUUCCGGACGCGCGGCUUUUCGUCGCAACUCAUAAUGCGGAAAGUGUGCGGAAGGCAUACUCAAUCUCUCGACAUCGGAUCCUGAACGGCUUACCCACAAUACCCUUGGAGAUGGGUCAGUUGCAAGGGAUGGCGGAUGAGGUGAGCUGUGGGCUAUUGGCCGAGUAUCAACCGGAGUUCGAAGAGCUACGGGGCGGAAAAAGUCCAGUGGAGGCAUCUGUGUUCCCUAAGGUAUUUAAGUGUUUGGCAUGGGGGUCUAUAGAGGAGUGUCUUCAUUUCCUGUUACGCAGGGCGGUUGAGAACCAGUCGGCAGUGGUGAGAACACAGGACACGGCGGCGGCAAUGAGAGAGGAAGCAUGGCGACGACUUGGGUGGAGACGGUGA